AUGGAACUCAACCGAGAACAUUUUCGCGCCAGAAUUUAUUACAACCUUCAGAGACAAUUAUCGCAACAAGAAUGCCUUGCUGAGUUACUGUCUGUUUUCAGCAACGAAGCGCCACAGCAGUCGACAAUUUUCCGUUGGUAUGGUGUAGGGUGGGAAAACGUCGAUGCUGUACGCAAACUCAUCAUUGAAGAUAUACACGUGACAUAUCAAUUAGGAGUAAGAAAAUUAGUUUCUCGUUGGAUAGCCCACCUCAUUGUUAGUGAUGAAUCGUGGAUUUACUGUUAUGAACCAGAAAAUGAACGACAGUCGGCUGUUUGGGUGUUCCAAGGUGAAGAAACGCCAACAAAUGUCAUCCGUUCUCGAAGUGUUUCGAAAAAAAUGGUCGCGACAUUUGUGUCAAAAGCAGGUCAUAUUGCAACAAUUCCUCUUAACCAGCAAAGAACUGUUACUGCGGAUUGGUAUACUACCAUUUGUUUGCCAAAAGUCAUCACCGAGCUUCGAAAAAUCAACCCCGAAAGAAGAAUCAUCCUCCACCAAGACAAUGUAAGCUCGCACACAGCCCAAAAAACAAGUCCCGAUCUAAGUCCUAACGAUUUCUUUACUUUCCCGGAAAUUAAAAACAGACUGCGUGGUCAAAGGUUCCAGCCACCAGAAGAAGCAUGCUUCGAAAAUUGGUUCGAGCGCAUGUGUAUUAAUCUUCGUGGAUGGUGCAGACAACGGUCACUCUGGGAUCAGGAAUGGAACAGUAUUGUCUUUAGUGACGAGUCUCGAUUUUGUUUAGGCAUGCACGAUGGUCGUGCUAUAGCUUAUGGUUCCAGGUCACCUUUAAUCUUCAUCAGAGGUAACAUGAACGCGGAGCAUUAUAUCCACGAAGUUCUAGAACCCCAUCUUUCACCCUAUCUUGACACCCUGGCAGAUCCAACUUUCCAACAAGAUAAUGCCCGACCACAUGUUGCAAGAGUCACAAUAGACUUCUUUCAACAUAAUGAUGUCACAUUGUUACCAUGGCCACCAAGGUCUCCCGACUUAUCCCCAAUUGAGCACGUGUGGGAUAUGAUGGGUAGGAGAUUGAUCAAUUUGCAACGUCCUCCUCAUACUCUAGAAGCACUUCGAGAGGAGUUGGUGGUUGCCUUGAAUGAGAUACCACAGGAGGACAUUGACCACCUGAUCAGAAGCAUGCCUAGGCGCGUUGGAGAAUGCGUAGCACAUCAGGGUGCAUCCACACAUUAUUAA